AUGGAGAGGCACAUCGAGAUAUUCCUGAAGAGGCUCUCCUACGUCGCCAUCCUCAUCGGCACCGUCACCUUCGUCUUUCUCCUCCUCAAAAACCCCGACACCUGCGUCGCACCAGGUUCUCCCCCCAAGCCCCACCUCCGCUUCCCCAAAUCCUCCUGCGACGCCUCGCCGCGCCUGAUCCUCCCUCUCCACAAGAAGAACAACCGCCUCUGGUCCUCCAAGACCUGGCAGAACAAGGUCCGCUCCUUCUCCAACUUCUUUCGCGCAUUUUAUCAAAUGGGUCUCCUGCACAACGAGUCCAAGGUCCUCUGCGCCUCUGCCGGCGCCGGCCACGAGGUCAUGGCGCUGACCGAGUUGGGCGUCGCCGACGUCACCGGUAUUGAGCUCCUCGAAUCGCCUCCGCUGGUGAGCCGGGCCGAUCCCCACAACUUGCCUUAUUUCGAUAAUGUGUUUGAUUUGGGUUUCAGUGCUCAUUUUGCCGAGGCAUUGUUUCCGAACCGGUUCGCGGCGGAGAUGGAGAGGACGGUGAGGGCCGGUGGGGUGUGUGUGGUGGUUGUGGAUGAAUGUGGGGAUGAGGAGAUUAGGGAGAUUGUGGAUUUGUUUUCGAAUUCGAGGUUUCUUGGUGCUCUUAAUGUUACAUUGACUGGAUUGAGAAUGACAAGGAUUAUUAUGAAAGUUAAGCGCUUACCUUGA